AUGUUAUUUCCCCUUAUUCUCAUCCUGGUUUUCCACUCGGCAUCGAUUGUCAAGUGCCAGGGAACUAAUCUGUGUUAUCUUACGGGUGGAACGGUUCCCCUGACCAAGGAGGUGGUGCCCCCCACAGAUGUCAAAUGUCCUGGGGGAAAAACGGUAUUGGGGAAAGUUCCAGACCUCCUGGUUGACAACACGCGAUUUUCCCAGAUCGAUUUUACCCAAAGUAAAUCCAAACCGGGAAGAUUUGCAUUGGAUAAAUUCACAUUCUCUGGUGAAGCAGAUCGGCCUGCAUUGCUAACGGCAGGCAAAUUAUACACCGCUGCUAAUGCAGCUUUGAGAGUCAGGGGCGACAAAAAUACCAUAAAUAAACUGAAAGUGGUUGACUUCUUUAUCGCAAGUCAAAUUGAGGCAGCCAAAGGCGAAGCCGGAAAUGCUAACCAAGCAAGACUACUGGACAAGGUCCUCAAAAACUGCAUAGGCAAGAGUUGUAGUAGCAAGGACCGGGAUGACCUCACUGUCAUGCGCAAAAAGUUAGACAAAUCAUGA